AUGGCGGCUGCAGCGGUAUCAGACUCGAUGCCCAUCGAGACGGCUCAUGAGGACAUGAUCCACGAUGCCCAGCUGGACUACUACGGGAAACGGAUAGCCACUUGCUCCUCCGACCGGACAGUGAAGGUUUUCGAUGUGGUCGACGGCGAGUCGACGACGACGCGGGGACCGGGGCAGACUCUGAAAGGACAUACGGGCCCGGUCUGGCAGGUCGCUUGGGCGCAUCCCAAGUACGGGCACAUCCUGGCGUCGUGUUCAUACGACGGGAAGGUCCUCAUCUGGAAGGAACAACAGGCUCAAGGGAACACCCCCGGGGGAUGGAUUAAGAUUAAGGAGCACACACUGCAUACAGCGUCAGUUAACUCGGUUUCGUGGGCACCCCAUGAGCUUGGAGCUAUCCUCGCGUGUGCUUCAUCAGACGGAAAAGUCUCCGUUUUGACAUUCAAAAAUGACGGCCAGUGGGACGCCGAUAUCUUCACAGGCCACGCCAUCGGAUGCAACGCCGUCUCCUGGGCACCCGCCAUCCUCCCCGGGUCCCUCAUCACGCCUCAACAAGCCGCCACCGCCCCUGGGCAACCGCCGGCGCCCUCACAAACAUUCUCCGUCAAGCGGUUCGCCAGCGCAGGGUGCGACAACCUCGUGAAGAUCUGGGGGUACCGCGAGGACUCGCAAUCGUGGGUCGAGGAGGAAACGCUGGAGGGGCACACCGACUGGGUCCGCGACGUUGCGUGGGCCCCGAAUAUUGGCCUGCCCCGCAGCUACAUCGCCACCGCCUCGCAGGACAAGACGGUCCUGAUCUGGACGAAGGACACGCCCACGUCGCCAUGGGUAAAAACCGCCCUCGAUCCCUCGUCGACAAUCGUGUCGCCGACUGGCGCCCCACCCCCCGCUGGCAAAUUCCCGGAUGUCGUCUGGCGCGUUUCAUGGAGCCUUGCGGGCAACCUGUUGGCGGUCAGCUGUGGAGAUGGAAAGGUCACCCUCUGGAAGGAGAACUUGAAAGGCGUUUGGGAGUGUGUCAGCGAUAUGAAUAGUUAA